AUGCCCUCCAUCCUGAGUGAUGCCGACAAGGAAACGGUGAAGCGAAAUGUCCCCAAACCCGCCAACAAGAUCUUUGCCGUAGCUGUCGCACGACUCUACGUUGCCUAUCCAGACCCCGGACGAUGGACCUACACCGGCAUACAAGGCGCCGCCGUCAUUUGCAAUGAUCUCGUCGGCCGAACAUGCUGGCUGAAGAUUGUCGAUGUCUCGCCCGCCGGAAGAGGUGUGAUUUGGGACCAAGAACUCUACGACAACUUCGCCUAUAACCAGGAUCGAACCUUUUUCCAUACCUUCGAACUCGAAGACUGCGCCGCUGGUCUCUCUUUCGCCGACGAGAAGGAAGCGAAAACUUUCAUCAAGAAGGUGCACGAACGGGAGAAGACUGUCAGCAAAGAGACUAAGCAGACUCCCUUUGCUUCUUCUCGCGGCCAGGGACCUGCGCCGGUUUCCAAUGCCGCCCAUGCAGAUUUGCCGUUUGAUCCAAGAGACCCGGAGUGGAAGCCAUUGAUGGAUGAACUGCAUAGUAUGGGUAUAACGGAGGACCAAAUCGCAGAGAACUCCGAUUUCAUCAUGGGCUAUAUACAGCAGAAGCAAAGCGCAAGCGAACCUGCUCCUCCCGCUGACGAUCAACCGAAACCCCGCGCUCCUCCGCCACCACCUCCCGGUGUACCCAAAGUGAAUACAAUUAGCCCCCAGGGCACUGGGACAAACUCAGGCAGCCGACGCGGCCCACCACCACCACCCCCGUCCCGCAAAGCUCGUACAGAUCCGACCGAAGAAGCUAUAUCCCCGCCCCCUCGUGAACCUUCGCCCCCGGCGCCGCCAGCGCAACCAGUUCGAAGAUUCAAUGCACCACCUCCGCUUGCUGAUGCAGGAAAAUACGCCGAGCCCGCGGGUCCUGUCCCGCCGAGGCGGCCUCGAGCAACGUCAAACGUAACCCCAGGUGCAGCCCCCGGCCCCCCACCACCACCACGGCCACCAAAGGAGGCCAUGGAUGGCACCCAGCCUCGAUUUGGAGUAGCUCCGCCAUUCACGGGAGAUCGCAAGGUUUCCGCUCCGCCCGCGCCUCCGAGCCGCAGCCCAGUUCCUCCCGGUCCUCCACCUCCACCUCCUCGCGCUGUGAGCCCAGCAGCUCCACCUCAGCUACCUCCCAAAGUUCCCAAUGCAUCUACUCCUUCCGGUCCUCCACCACCCCCGCCUGCUAGAGGACCGAUAUCACCCCCUCCGCCCGCUCCUCGGCAUGUGCCAUCAACACCUGCCGCGCCCCCCACCACCGCCGCCAAGAGCUCCUAUAUCACCAACAACGGAUCACGAGCCUCAGGUGGUCAAGGCGGAGGCGGACUCAAGAAAGUCAAGGACUCGGAGAAGAAAGACCGAAGCGCCGCAGCCGUCCCAGGAAGUGCAGCCGAAUCAUCUGCUGCAGCAUCUGGCGGUGGAGGUGCUCAACAAGGUGGCCUGGCUGGCGCCUUGCAGGAUGCACUGAGCAAGAGAAAGCAGCGGGUUAGCGGAAGUGAUGACGAAAAGGAUGAUGACGACGACUGGUGA